AUGCAUAUAUUCAUCAAGCGACCGGACGGAUGCACGCUAAUACCUUGGAGAGCCGGCAGAUGUUUGGCGUGGGAUGUUACGGUCCCUGGCACCCUCGCCGAACGUUACGUAAACCUGACAAGUAAAGAAUGCGGUUUGGCCGCGGCCAGGGCAGCGGACGAGAAAAUGAAAAAAUAUGGGAGUGCCCUCCCCUCGAUGGAAUUCUUGCCAAUACGCAUCGAGGUUCUCGGCCCGAUGGACCCCAACACCCUUAAAUUUCUUAAGGAAAUAGGCAAAAUGAUCAGUGUCAGAUCAGUUAGGAGCAAGGGUAAACUUGGACAACAUAAAGAUGGUGUUUCAGUCUGUUACAUAUUUGAUAACAGACAACGCAGAAUCACAAAGGCUACUAGGCAAGCCGUUCCAGACAGCAGAACCCAUUAG